AUUCCCUGGCAACGCUUGGCUCUCUGGGAGUGGUGGCGGUUGAUUCAACAUGGCGGCAGAAGCGAGAAGAAGUGGCAGUUCGGGAAUAUUUUGGAUGAAUGACGAUGAAGAGCAGCCUUUGGUGUUUGUUCCUGGAGUGGAUGAAGUGAUGAAGACGCGGACCCCUUUCAAUUUGGGAUAUGGCAGCGCCUGUACAUCCUAUAAAAGAGGCUCCAAAAUGCAAAUAAAGGGUGCUUUUGACAGUAAAAAUCAGGCCACACAAAAGAGAGGGGGCAAAAAGCAGGCUCCCUUACAAAGUGACCUUCCUGGUGUGUCAGCCCGCCACACUGCUGCCGUGACCACUGAGCAGAUGCUUUUCUCGCCUUCCAGUACAUUUCCCCCCACAUCACAGGUAAUCAGUGAGACCAGCAGACCUAUGAGCGAGGUGUGUUUGAAAGAUCUCUGUCCGGAAGAUAAGCGCCGAAUUGCAAACCUCAUUGAAGAACUUGCUAGAGUGAGCGAGGAGAGAGAGGAGUCAGUGCAACGCCUGAAAGAUGAACAGGGGAACUUUGGACGAAAAAUCCAGCAGCUGGAGCAGCAGAACCUGAUCAUAGCACAGGAGAGGGAGAGCCUGCAGCAGCAGUACAGAGAGUGCCAGGAACUGCUUGGACUCUAUCAACAAUACCUUUCUCAGCAACAGACAAAAAUCAACCAGUCCAUCACCCAGCUCAGCCAGCCACCGACUCACAGCAGGGUGCUCAGUGGUGAGGAGGCCCCCAGCAGGACAUCUACAAGCAGAGCUAAUGGCUCACUCUUCGAUGGCUCAUACCUCAGCCUGGCUGCUACCGGACCCCAAAUGUACAGGAGAGGUGAUGGAGUAAGAACAGUGCAAACUUUAAGAAACCCCGCCUCUCUUUCCGGUGUUGAUGAAUUAAGUCUACCUGAUGGGCCAAUCAAACAACAGAUCUGUCAGAAUCGGGCAUGCAGGGAGCUACAUUCUUGCCAAAAAUGUGAGCAUUGCCAGUGCAGUGGUCAUGACACUGGAUAUGGAGCACAGCAAUGGAGAAGUAACAACCGCUCUUGUCUAGCAAAUGGAUACCAUGACACCUUUACCCAAGAGGAGUGUGAAAGGCUGCAGAGUGAGAAAAGCCUGUGCUCAGAGGCUAAGGAAGCCCUAACCAGGCCUCUGCUGGGUCAUGAGGACUGGGAGGAGAAGAGGCACCAGCUUCUGCUGCAAAAGUUACAGUUGGCGAUGGAGAGAGAGAGACUGCAGGCUCGGCUGGCUGAGCAGGAGGAGAGGCUCAACAGACAGAACCAGCAGCUACACCAGUCACGUCUUGAUUACAGCAGGUUUCAGCAAAGUACUCAAGCUGAGGGCAGCAGCUCAAAAAUUAUGAAUGGAGGUCCAGAGCCAGAGGGUCCUUCUCACCAAGAUUUACCCUCCAGUGUGUGUGAAGAUGCAGAGGAACAUCCUGCAGGGCAGAGCUUGCAUGAAAAAAACUCACGGGUGGUUCCUGCUCAUGUGGACAAUGACAAUGGUCCCUUAAAACAGUCCAGAAGGGACAUGGCCACAUCUCCAGCAAAGUCCCCUGCAAGCCUGAAUAAGCCCACUUCAGCGUCUGUAAUCCACCAGAUCCCGGAGGCCAGGUUGGACUUUUCUAUGGUUGAGUUAUUGGAUAUCUUUAGUCCAGUCUCUGCACGGGAGCAAUGCAAGCCAGCCACGCGAAGACCCAAGAUGUCACAGCAUAGGUCUGCUCUUUCUGCCCCAACAUCAGUGGGCCGAACCCUGGUUACCCCUGGUGGGGCUUAUCCUCAAAGUACGCAGCAGGAUCUGGAAGAAAGCCAAAUACUGGAAGACAUUUUCUUUAUUUGCUGACAAGGAGGAUAAAGAAGAGCAAGAAACGAAAUGAACUCAAUCACUUAAUAUUCACCAGUUUGAUCUUAACUCUUUUAAAAAUGUCUUUCAUUUUCUAAUGACAUUCUAAAAUAGAAAUCAUAUUUUAGAUAACACUGUUGUUCUACUGUGAUGUUUUUUAAACAAUACAAAUAAAAGCUUAUUUAUUCAGAA